UCCUUCUUAAUUUGUCAAUCACUCUCCUUAAAUUUUCUUCUGAACACCCUUUUUUUCUUUUAUAUAUGAAGCUCUGUCAUAUAUAUAUUGCUCCUUAUUACUAACCUGCUCUUAUAUUUAUUACUUAAUAAUCUUACUACAAGCAGAGCAAUAGUUAUAUAAACUCUCAGCUUGAACAAGUUAUAAUCUACAUACACUUCACUACCAUGUCGAUUAUCUGUUGUUUUUUCAUCUUUCUUUUGUGUCUCUCCAAGCAAAGUUCUUGUGAGGCUCGCCAAAUUGGGGUUCACCAGAAGGGUGCUGUGGAAAUGGUUCAAAUUCAAAUGGAGUUGACUAAAGGAGGGGUAGUAUUGACCAAGGGAGAGAAUUAUAUUAUGGCUUCUGAUGAUGAAGCAGGUGACGCUGGUGCAACCGCUACUACUCAAGGAAAGAUGAGCUCAUCAAAGAGUAGUGAGACUUCGAUAAAGGAGCGACUAAAGCAUAUAAGAGGAAAAUUUUCAGGAAAAAAGAUAUUUGAGUCUUUAAGUGACGUGGGUUUGUUAAAGGCAACACAAAUAAAGGAACCGAGAAGGAGAGGGCUAUCUGUUAAAGAAGAUGUAGAUUUCAACAACACUAGUAAAGUAGAAGAUCAUGUUGUAGUGAGUGACUAUGAGCCACCCCAUGGAACACCGCCUAUUCAUAACAGAGAGACUUAACUUAGAUAACUAGCGGGGGUCCGUUGCAUAUGUACGUACGUAGAUGUAGUAGCAGCUUAAUUUAGAGUAGAAAUAUAUAUAAAAGAAGCGUCUCAUGAAUCUAUCUUGGUAUUGUUUUAGAUCAAAGUUAGUCAAUUAAUUUCAGCUAUGUUUGCUUGGCUCUGUUUGCUUGGCUAUAUUGCAUGAUGUUAUGUUACCAGUUAACUCAGUACUAAUAAUAAGAACAUCGA